GGAGAACUCCCAAAUUGUUGGAAAUCAGUAGAGUCAUUACUGAUUCUCGAUUUAAGCAACAAUAAAUUGUCAGGGAAGAUUCCUAUGUCCAUGGGCACCCUUGUUAAAUUGAAAGCUUUGGUUUUAGCAAAUAAUAACUUAACGGGUGAAUUGCCUAGUACUUUGAAGAAUUGUAGCAAUUUAAUUAUGCUGGAUGUGGGUGAAAAUAUGUUAUCUGGUCCAAUACCACCAUGGAUAGGAGAAAGUAUGCAGCUAUUGAUAAUCUUGAACAUGCGAGGAAAUCACUUCUCUGGAAAUCUUCCUAUUCAUCUUUGUUAUUUGAAACAUAUUCAAUUGUUGGAUCUUUCAAGGAAUUACAUGUCGGGAGGAAUUCCAACAUGCUUAAAGAAUUUUACCGCAAUGGCUGAAAAUAGCAUCAACAGAAGUGACACUAUGCAACGUGUACAUUGGAUCAAUAGUAGUUACUUUGAAGUUUAUGGUCGUGUGAGUUUGGAUGAUUAUACGUUUGAGAUAACAUGGAUGUGGAAAGGUGUGGAACAGGGGUUCAGAAAUCCUGAAUUGAAUCUUAAGAGCAUUGAUCUGUCAUGCAAUAAUUUAACAGGUGAAAUACCAAAAGAGGUGGGACACUUACUUGGGUUAGUUUCUUUGAACUUAGCAAGAAACAAUUUGAGUGGAGAAAUACCUUCAGAGAUUGGGAAUUUAAGUUCACUAGAUUACCUUGACUUGUCAAGAAAUCAUUUCAGUGGGAGAAUUCCUUCUUCUCUUUCUCAAAUUGAUGGUCUAGGCAAACUAGACUUGUCUCACAACUCUCUUUCUGGAAGAAUCCCAACGGGAAGAGAUUUUGAAACCUAUGAUGCCUCUAGUUUUGAAGGAAAUGUUGAUCUUUGUGGUGAACAAAUUAACAAAACUUGUCCUGGAGAUGGAGAUCGGACAACAACAAUGAAACCUGAAGAAGAAGCAGAGAAAGGUGAAGAUUCAGAUUUCUAUGAGGCAUUAUACAUGAGCAUGGGUGUAGGGUACUUCACUGGAUUUUGGGGCUUAUUUGGGCCAAUACUUGUUUGGCGUCCUUGGAGGAAUGCUUAUCUCAUGUUCUUGAAUAGAUUCAUUGGUUACAUGUAUGUGUGGUUAAGGACCUUAUGGUGAAUGUCGCAAAGUGUUGCUGCUAUCUCGAAGGUUGUUUACUGCAGAGGUGCUGCACUCUUCUGAUCUGGGAUGAAAGCUUUGCUGGUUGCUACAAGUGCAAGAUAUUUAUUUAGUAUUAGAGUUUAAGAUAUGUUGUAUUUAAUUAAGUAAAAAAUUGUGAAAUUUAAUUUGCAGAAACUUACUAUGAUGUGAUUGUGAUAUCUAAAAUUUGAUCCUUUAUAUUACAUCUUCAAAAAUAACUAGCUUUUACAUUUAAGAUCUUUAAACCAAAUUCGUUCAAUUUAAAGAAUCAAGCUACCCCAUUUGUUACUAGUCUUUCAGUAGUUUUGCAUAUGCUGCGUUAGAAACUUGUUCAUACACUUCUGCUUCAUCAAAA